CUACAGUCACUGAAUUAUCUUCAGAGCAGAAAAUGACUCGGUCAAAAUGGUCAAUUUGCUCAUCCUCUUAAGCUCUUAUCUUCUAUCUGUGGCCGCUGCUACAUACCCGUCCACAUGCUCGUAUUUCACGGGGAAAAAGCAUGAUAUCUCAAAUUUACUAUCACUAAAAGCCUUGAACCACACAUGUCACGGACAAACAAAUAUCUAUCAAAUUCGGAUGAGUCCUGGAAAAGGGCUCGGCGUCUUUGCUCUUCACGACCUUGAAGUUGGUACGGUCAUAAUGCGCGAAGCUCCAAUACUCAAGAUCAAGCCACCAAAAUAUGCAAAGGGGUCGGGAUAUCCAAUGGCUGCAGUCAGUCAAAUGUUAAGACAGGACUACGCUUUUCUAUCGACCGAGGAUCAAGAGGAAGUCAUGAGUUUAGCGUACUAUGGUACGGAAGAAGAGAAAAACGCUAGCGAUCCGCUAGGCCUCAUAUUUAGGACAAAUGCCUAUAAGAGUGGAGAAGAGAUUGGACUCUUCCCAAAGAUCGCACGGAUAAACCACUCCUGCCGGCCGAACACAAGUUACUACUGGAACGCGCAGCUAAAUUUAAGGGUUAUGUACGCGAACCGCAAGAUCAAAAAGGGCGAGGAGAUAUUGGACUCGUAUAUAUCACUGUUACUUCCUCAGGAGGAAAGACAAAAGCUGCUCAAGCCCUACGGUUUCACUUGCAAUUGCGAAGUUUGCUCAGCCAGGAAAAAGGCCAGGCGCGAAAGUGACAGGAGACGGACGACGAUAAAGAAAGGGUUCGUAAAACUUGCUCCACAGCUGACACUUGGCGUGCCAGCCGACAACGAAGCAAAGAAGCAGGCAGCAGAGGAUGCCAGAUUGAGUGCUCAACUGGCUGAGCUCGUUGAAAAGGAAGGCUUGGCGGAUUACUACGCCACUGCGUACAGAACGGCCGCGCUCAGUUUUGCUAGAGUGGAGGAUUGGCAGUCAGCAACGAUAUGGGCGAACAAGGGCUAUGAGUGGAGGGUGAUGGAGGACCCUACAAGCUCGUAUGCGUUGGAAAUGCACAAGCUGACCAGUGAUUUCAUAGAGCAAUGGAAGAGCGAACUCAGGAAGAAGUCUUUGUUGAAAGAUGGCAUUUAGCAUGAUCACGUUCCGUGGAGGAGAGAUAUCGUUCCAUUCGAUCAAGUUCUUCAACAUUGACUCUUUCACUGUAGCUACGGCCCCGUCUCGACAGGUAGCCUUUGUGCUGGUAUUUUACACUCCUAGGAGGACAAGAUGUUUUAGCGCCUCAUAGCAAUAGCUCGUCAUCUUCACCAAGGCAGUGUACAUUAGGG